CAUUAUUGACAAAUCCGAUGAAGUCACGAUAUCGUCACAGCACAGUUUGCCGCGGGUCAAACUUUUGAUUCAUUUGUACUCGUCCAGACAACGACCAUUAUACCUUUUUUCUUCCUCCUCUUCUGUACACUUCUACCUCUCUCUUUCUCGCGACGACAACAACUAUCAUUCUUACUACCUUCAGCAUUAAUGGCGCCAGUAGAAACCGAGUUUUACGACCUUCUUGGAGUCCCCGUGGAUGUCGAUGAGACGCUGCUUAAGAAGGCGUACAGGAAACAGGCGAUGAAGUAUCAUCCAGACAAGAACCCAUCUCCCGACGCCGAAGAAAAGUUCAAGGAAAUCAGCAAGGCGUAUCAGGUUCUGUCGGACUCGAACCUACGAGCUGUGUACGAUAAGAAUGGAAAAUCUAUGGUGGACAAGGAAGGUGGAAUUACUAUGGAGGACGCCGCAGGCUUCUUUGCAAACGUCUUUGGCGGUGAGCGCUUCGCGGAAUAUAUCGGAGAAAUCACCAUCAUGAAGGAUAUGACAACCGUGGCUACCAUGAUGACGGAAGAAGAAAAAGCUGAGGUCGAGACUCAGCUCAACAGCGGUCAGAAACCCACCGGUUCUGUGAAUGCAACACCAGCAACGCCCCCUGGUGAUAAUUCCGAAUCGCCAAAGCCAUCUCCACCUGUCUCUCAGUCAACGCCUCAAUCUGCACCGUCUUCGCCGCCUGACGCUCAAUCACAUACAGGCUCCCUCGUCCUGCACCCUAAUGACAAUAAAGACGCGUCGACAGCCUCGUUAUCUUCCAGCGCUAAAGAGAGCGCCAGAGAGAAGGAAAAGGAAGCCGCUGCACGAAAGAAGAGAAUAGCUGCCGAACACAGGGAAAAGUGGCGAGAACAAGAGAAAGAGCGUCGGAAGGCCAUGGAAGAGAGAGUCACGACACUGACCACGAAACUAAUAGAACGACUACGUCCGUUUGUGGAGGCCAAGAACCCAGGCGAUAAGGAUGAUCCGGAAACACAGGCAUUUGAGGCAAAGUUCAAGAGGGAAGCGGAGGACUUGAAGUUGGAGAGCUUUGGCGUUGAACUUCUGCAUACCAUUGGAAUGGUCUACAUGAUGAAGGCAACUUCAUUCCUCAAGUCGAAAAAGUUUCUCGGCAUUCCCGGAUUCUUUUCGCGUUUGAAGGAAAAGGGUUCAUUAGCCAAAGACGUUUGGGGCGUUAUCGGAAGCGCAUUGAGUGUGAGAGAUGUGAUGCUUGAAAUGGAGAAGAUGCAGGCCAAGGGUGAACUGGGUGAAGAGGAGCUAAGAGCGCUUGAAAUGGACGUGACUGGCAAGAUUAUGCUGGCCUCAUGGCGUGGAGCACGACUGGAAGUGAUACAAGUACUUCGCGAAGUACUCGAUCAUGUGUUGAAAGAACCGGGUGUCCCAGAUAGUGUUAUGUAUAACCGUGCCAGAGGACUCCUUCUCAUCGGAGCCAUUUUCAAGUCGACGGUGCCAGAUGAGUCGGAUGCGGAGCGCAGAGAGCUGGAAAGGAUGGUAGCUGAAGCUGCAGCACCAAAACCGAAGAACAAGACUGCGAAAUCCAAACGGGAAGAGCUACUUAAGGCGAAGGAGUUUGCGGAAAAGCAGGCGAAGGUUUCUCCUUCUCCUUCACCUGCCCCCACUGCAGCACCGGCACCUGAGGCUUCCGCUUCUGCAUGAGUAUGAUUAUUGUUUACGUCUUUGCUAUGUUCUCCUUUAGAAUAGGUUUUUCUUAUCUUUCACGCCUGGGAUGAUCAGUAUCUUAAUGGAAUCUAGUUUUUCUUUACACCUUUCUGUACAAAACUAGACUGGGAAUAUCUAAGUACGACUCAGAAAAGCUUGGGGGCCGUUCCCAACAGCGUUUCAUUGGCCGGUAAUGGCAAUGGUGUUGCCUCUCGCAGGC